GGGUUAAAUCCUCCCUGCAGAAAACAUGUGCAUAGGCACAUUUGUUUAGUCUAAUUGUUUAUUGUUUAAUUUUCAGUUAAUUAUUUGAUUGUUAAUUAUCCCCUGCACCUGGUGGUAGUUGUAAAUCAGAACCAGGUGCAGGGUAUUUAAGAGAGGCAGUCACUCUGCUCAUGAUUGUUGUUAGAAGGAAGCAGAAGGUGGUGUGCUGUGUUUCCAGGCAGUCACCCUUGUAUGAAGUGGUUAGAGUGUAUUCUGUUGAUGCCAGGAAAUGGAGAAAUAUCUGCAAACCACUUCAAUCCUGAAGUAGUUCUACAAAUUUGAGUCGGUCAGCACUGACUGUCUAUCCAAAGAUAUCUAGCAGGAGUGAGCCUAAGCCUUGGUUAUUGCUCUUCAUCUCAAUCAAACUGAAUGAAAAAACAAUACACAUAAAAAUCACAAACUGGAACAAGCAGCAAUGUUUGUCAAAGAAAUAUUCUGCACAUUAGUGACAAGUCUUUUCAUUGUGCCUGCUGUUCAGGGUGAUGACUGGGGAGUGAAUUAUCCUCCGCAAGAGAUGUGUGCAUUGAGAGGAUCCUCUGUAGUCAUACCCUGUACAUAUGAUUAUCCUGAACGCUUUACAAAUUUAACUGUAGAAACUGUGAAGUGGUUCAGGAGUUCUUUUCCUGGUAUUUCUGAUCGAGACACAUACGUGUAUCACAGCACUGGGAUCAAUGUGAGUCCUGAAUAUAAACACCGGACAGAGUAUCUGGGGAACAAAGUGAAGAACUGCACGCUACAGAUACGUGAUCUGCAAAGCAGUGACACUGACCGAUAUUAUUUUAGAUUUGAAACAAAUCUACAACAUGUUAAAUGGACUGGUGUCUCUGGUGUGUCCCUUUCAAUAACUGAGCCCAAGGUUACCCUGGACCCUCCUGUUCCAGAUCAUACUGUGAAAGAAGGAUCUUUCAUUCACCUGACCUGUGGCUUUGACCGCUGCACCCUGAGUGAGAGCAGCUUUGUCUGGUACAGGGAGGGGCAGCCAAUCAGCAACGAAAAAUUAAACAAACUUCAGUUUAAUGUUUCUUAUGAGCAUUCUGGGAAGUACUGCUGUGCUGUUGCUGAGAACAGCAGCAUUAAAUCUGAAGAAAUUAACUUGAUUGUGAAAUACUCCCCAAAGAACACCUCUGUCUCAGUCAGGGCUCCUGGUGGAAUAGUGGAAGGGAGCUCAGUGACGCUGACCUGCACCAGCAAUGCAAACCCUCCAGUCAGCAGCUACACCUGGUUCAAGAAUCAAAGUAAUGUCAUGAAAUCAGGGAGUGAACAGAAUCUCAUCUUUGCAAACAUCAGCCUUUGUGACAGUGGAGAGUACUACUGUGAAUCAAGCAAUGAGAUUGGAAGACAAAUAUCUCCGGCAGUGCAAAUACGUGUAAAAUAUGGUCCAAGGGACACCUCAGACUCCAACCCUGACAAAAUGAAUACUAUAUUAGUCGCAAUAGUGGGAAUACAAGCAGCCAUCAUCUUUGCCCUCCUGGUAGUUAUUUGUGUCCAAUGGUUAAAAUCAAAAUCACCACAAGAAAACAGCCAGAAUAUCCAGCCCAGCAGUGGAGGUGACACCUACGCUACUAUUGAUCUAAAAACCCUCAGCUCAGAUUACGACACUUUACAGGUAAAACAUCGAGCUGAUUACAAGUGACAAGGAGUUGUGAAUGAACUGCUAUUUAGUGGCAGAUGGAAAUUAACUUUGCAGUGUAUGAAAGGGCGUUAUUUACAAAGUGGGAAAAGGGUUUCUGUGAGAGGAGGAAGAACCCUGUUUGUUUUAUUAUUAUUAUUAUGUUAUUUCUGAAGUCUAGGUGUUUGACUGUAAAUAGUUUGUUUUUAUGAAUAAAAUACCAGUAACAAA